AGAGGAGAGAGGAAAGGAAGGGGGAGCGAGACAGUGGGCGAGAGAGCAGUACUUUGCCUUUGGAGUAAGAAGCUAAACUGUUUGGGUCUAAAGGAGGACGAAUAAAAUGCAUCUGCUGCUAAACUAAGACCAGUAAAACACACCUGGCGCCAUGACUCAGCCUGAGCGUUUCUAGUGAAAUAGAACAUUUGGAUGGAUUUGUUGAAGCUGGAACGUUCUGGGCCUUCAGGUGAAGAAGAUAACUGACCAGUAGUGGACAUUCAGCUUUUCAGAGGUCAACCUGCUAUGGAUUUGUUGACCGGAGGUUUAAAAUGACCCCGCAGCAGGGCGCUAAACUUCAAACUCCGCUACGGGACAAUGAAACCUGCAGGAAGAUGAUGAAGACGACAGUCCACCGGAGACACACCACACACACUGUUAUAAGAGCAUUCAGCAAGAGCAAACAGCACACCAGUGAUGCGUACGGGGCGGAUCACUUGUCUCCGAAUGCAGUGCUUCUUCUGGAAGACCACGCCCACCUCACAGUCGGCUUGGAGACGCGAGAGAGGCUCCUCCUACUCUUCACCGACUCGCUCAUCAUUGCCAAAACUAAGUCGCUGUAUCUGAAGCUGAAGGCUCGUGUGAGUCUCUGUGAUAUAUGGCUCGCUUCCUGUAUCCAGCAUGUGACAAGCAGGAAGUUCAGCGCCCAAAACUCAUUCGUGAUUGGCUGGCCAACCACCAAUUACGUCGUCACUCUGAGCUCUUCAGAGACGAAGGAGAAAUGGCUCCGUGCGCUCAAGUGGCACAGUGGGAGAGCCAGACAGAGCCUAGUCCCCAACAGGAUCCUGCUGAAUGUUCAUCUGUUCGACAACACAGCAACGACUCCAGUGACGGUGGAUAUGAACUCUACAGCCGACAGUGUUGUCCAGAGUGUCCUACAGCACAGCAGUGUGCCGGGCUCAGUCUCAAACUACCAGCUGUGCGUGGGGCAUGACGGGGAGGAGGAAAUGUACCCGCUUAUCGGUCAUGAGCUGCCGUUCUGUAUCCUCCUGCACACACUGCGCUCCGCCCACGGCCACACCCCCAAACUCAGCCUCCAGCAGUCCUCUGAUGGACUGAGCACUGAGCACCUGCAGAAACAGCCCAAAUCACCACGAUUCAUACUGAAGACCAGAGCUGCACAGUACACGCACUCCCACACAGGUUCUUCUCUGAAGCACAAGAGGAAAAGAUCUCUGAUUGGUUGGGCUCUGAGAAGGGGAUACAACAGCCAAUCAGAAGAAAAGAACGACUCUGACUCUGCCUCCAACAAGCUGUUUGGCCAGCCACUGGCUUCAGUUUGUCAGGAUGGAAAUCUGCCCAAACCAAUCAUGGAUAUACUGUGUGUGCUGUACCAUGAGGGUCCUAAAACUCUCGGAAUAUUCCGGCGCUCUGCAAAUGCCAAAAGUUGCCGGGUCCUGAAGGAGCGACUGAACUCCGGACAUCACGUUCCGCUGCAUGGAGAAUCCGUAUUCACAGCGGCGUCCCUCCUCACUGAGUUCCUGCGCCGGCUGCCAGAUAGUGUACUGGGCUGUGAAUUGUAUGAAGACUGGAUGGAGGUGAUGGAAGCAGAUGAUCAGCAGGACAGAUGCACCUCCGCCAAGAGUGUGUUGGCGAAGUUGCCCCAGGUAAACCGCUCCCUGCUGUAUUAUGUGUUUGGAAUGCUCCACCACAUCCACACCAACGCAGAUGUAAAUCAGAUGACCGCAGCUAAUCUGGCAUUGUGCAUCACCCCCAACAUGCUGUGGAGAUCAUCACCCUGCAGUGCAGAGCAGGAGAACCAAAACAACCUGGAGGUGGCUGCACUCGUCCGAUUCCUGAUAGAAAGCUCCCCCACCAUCUUUGGCGAUGAAGUGGAAAGCGCGUUUGCCGCGCUGUUGAACGCGGCGCAGGAAACAGACGACCUCGCAGCUGAUGCCACAUUCCUCCUCCACUCCUCCUCGGAAGAGACAGAUCAGGAUGGGCUUUCCUCUCCUCUCCACUCUCCAGAUCUCGAUUCCUUCCUUCCUCUGACCACUUUUCACAGAGAGGUGCAUCCCUUGAAGAUCACCAUGGCAGCGGCAGGUGGGGCACACAGCUGUGGGACAUUAAACUUGAAGCCGUCGAGAUCCAGUGCGUCGGUCAGCUCGCUUGGCAUUGAAGAACUCAGCCAGUCUAGAAACCGAUGCCUUUCAGAACCUUCCAUGUGCAUGGUGACUCCUGCAACACAGGUCUCGCCCCACAUCCCUGUUCUCCGCCAGUCUAGCUGUGAUAACUCUGUGAUGGACAGUAAAAGUGGCAAAUCACAGGACACGACAGGAUUCAGCCCACUUUUACCUGCUCGUAAAGGCGGAACAGGAAAAGGACGCUACGCUUUCUGGAAAUCUCCGCAAUUCUCAAGACGUUUCCGGCAUCCUGCGCAGAGGCUUGCUAGCAUGUCCAGUCUUUCGUCCACCACCACCACUUCUUCUCUCAGUUCACUGGACAGCGCUCUGUCGUUCAGCUCUACAGAGCCGAUCCCGAGCCCCAGUGACAACCAGCCCCGUCCCUUUUUGUUCGGGGCUUCCGCCAGACUGCGCCCGCUAACUCCGGAGAUGCCCAGGAAGCUGUGGAAGAUGGCCUUUACUUACGAAGAGCAAGAGGCAGAACUAAGAGAUGGACAGAAUGGUAAUGGAGAGCGAGACUUUCCCUGUACCUUCAAAGACGAGGGUAAAGAUGAAAACGAAAGAGAGGGAAGCCAGGGUAGAGUGCCAGCAACGGAGAAAGAUAAAGAUGUAGAGAGUGCGGCAAAAGAAAGCAAGGUCAGAGAAACUUUACUAGAGGGGGAGAGAGUCCAAAAUAGAGAGAUACCGGUAGAAGAAAGAAAGAAAAAUAGUUCAGAAAGCUCCACUGGGGGUGUAAGCUCUGUUGAGACAUGCCCGAGCCAAGAUGACCCUGAACCUCUUUGUCACGCCCACACACCUGGCAGUGAUGAAGGAAUCUCGCAGGAGAUCACACAUCAGCCGAUGCCUGAUAAUGAGAAAAGGGAGACAUCUGUUGCUCACAUUCAUCUGGAGCGGCCGCUCUCGAAUUCUGAUGCGCACAUAGCACAAACAUCCGCUAACAAACACAAUCUCACGCUCCCCUCAGGACGAGACAGGGUGAACAGGAUGAAAAUCACGUUCUUCCCCACUGUGGGCAGGGUGACACUGAAACAGUCUCGCCUCAAAAGUCAGGAAAGUCAAGGGGUUGCGCACAGUGUUGCCACCGAUGCUCCUGGGGCUACCGUAGAGACCGAAGGUAAAACAGGUAGCGUAGCACAGGUAAACAUCCCGCAAACACUGUUUUACAGGCAAAAUGUUCCACUGGUGCUACAUUCGGCAUCGCUAGGGAAACCACCAGUUAGCAACAAAGACGGUGAUGAUGUUGGAGAAACAGACAGCUGUGUGUGUGCAAGCAAGGUGACCGAGGACGAUGCUAGCAGUGUGCUUAGCAGUACUGCCUCUGCUGGUAGCAGCCACCGUGCCCCAGACUUCUCCAUCAAUGAGGUCAUUAGCAAAUCUGCAGAAGAUGUUAGCAAAAACGACACUGGCCGUGUAGUUAGCAUUUGCUCUUCUGCUAGUGAGGGCCACACUGUUAGCAUCAGUAGAGUGGACAGCAUUAGCGUCUCUCCAGGUCACGCGAGCCAGCCUGCUCCCAGCAAAAGCCCUGGAACCUUGCGCCACACCAUACGCAUCCGACUGCCUACUAACGUCCGCAACACCGUCAGAGCUUACUUUAGUCAUUCGCACACGAUCUCGCUUGCUAACGCAGAUUCUGCUGCAUCUGCGAACGCACCCACCAAAGCCCAAAACAGACCGCUGUUCAGCAGCAAGCUUCAAUGGCAAAAAGCAGGUGGCAAUGCUCAGGUGCAUCCUGAAGGGGACGCUACUGCUAGUCAGUCACUCUCAGAUGAAUCUCUUGCCUGAGCUCAAAGGCUAGGUGAAACAAAAUGUGGUAGGGAUUAACAACAGC